CCAGAGGGUGUCUCCUUCCUAACUGUGCAAUUAGGGACUCAAUAAAAGGUUUCAGCGCCUGCUGUCGGCUCACAGCCCGCUGCCCAUUUUACUCUACUUGCUCUCAUUCGUGAAACAAGUGUCCUGAGUUGGGAAAGAUGCCUCGGCUCCUGAAAGAUGUCCUCUGUGUAAUCAAGACAUUCCACAAGUAUGCCCAAGAAGAUGGUGACAAGGCAACACUAACCUGCGCAGAGCUGAAACAGCUCAUCCAGGGCGAGUUUGGGGACAUUCUUCAGCCACAUGCCAUUCAUGCUGUGAAGAGAAACUUGAACCUUCUGGAUACUGACAGCAAUGGCACUAUCAGUUUUGAGGAAUUUGUUCUUGCAAUCUUCAACUUGUUGAACCUCUGCUAUCUUGAUAUACAGUCAUUACUAAAACCAGAACCAAGACAAGUGUCUAAACCAGAGGAGAAACCAAAUGAUAUGGAUCUUCAGGGGACCAGUGGCCCUGGCCAGUGGACAGAGCAAAUACCACCAACUCAAGACAGAGUGGUGCCUCCUUCAGGAAUGACAUCAUCAGCUCAGCUCAGCCCAAUGGAAAGGGGAGCAGUUGGACACAAUGGGGUUGAAAACACCAAGACUUGCAAACUGCCAGUAGACACACCUGGGCCCAAUGACCCUAAGAACCAACACACGGAAGGAGAUCAACAGAACCAGGAAGUGGCCCAGGAUGUACCAGCAACAGGAGACAAUGGGGCUCAACUUGAGACAAAUAAGCCAACAGCAGAAUCAGAACAGAUCUACAGUCCCACAAAGCAGGAGGAACAGGAUAAGGAGAGUCCCAUGGAGGGAGACAAACCAGUCAGGGAGCAAAGAGACACUAAGACAUGGGAUCGAUGUGGAGAACAGGAAGGGAACCUAAGAACCCAAAGUUCUCUACCAGAAAAAAUAGCACAGAGGCCUUCCAAAGAUCAGGAAGUUGCAGCAGGAAAGGGUGUUAAGGAACAUUCUAAAACACAAGAACUGUCACUGCCAGGAAAAUAUGAGCCCAGUUCAGAGCACGCUGACCUGCCAAAACAAGCUGCAGCCCAGAAGCCAUUGCAGACAGAGAAACCAACUGAUUCUGAGGAUGAUGGUAGAACACCUGAGAUCCAAGGACAAGGAGAGGAUGCCGACAGGACACCACCUAAGACAAAGAAUCCAGCUGAACCUGGGGAUGAUGGUAGAGUAACUGAGACCCAAGAACUACCAGCACAAGAAAAAGAACAUGAAACAAAGGACCUGCCUGUCCAAGGUGAUAGCAGAAUUGUUUCAGAAACACCUGAUGUUAGGGCUGUAAGGAAAGAGAGGAGAGGCCCUGAGGCCCAUGAAACAGCAGGGCAGAAAGAAAAUGAGAGAAAAAUUCAGCUACUAACCCUGGAAGACCAACCACAGGAUGGAAAGUAUGAGGAACCCCGAGAGUCAUCAAAAGAAAGGGAUGCUGAAGAAGGUUCUAAAACACAAGAGUUAAGCUCAGAAGGAGGAGAUCAGAAUCAUCCUGAAAUUGAAAGAGCAGUCACCCCAGGAGAAGAGGCAAGACAUGCUGAGGAAGGCACAGCAAAAAUACUUCUGAGCAGCAAAAAUGCCCCUGCAGCAGAAGGGACACCAGGAGCAAGAGAAAGAACACAGGAAUUAGCACCACUCAAGAACCAUUCUGGAGAAAAUAAGAAGGUCACCAAGACUCAUGACAAGCCAGUCAAGGACGAUGAUAUUUACCAGGGAGAGGAUCCCGAGCCCACAGUCACACAGAAUAAUGAGGGUUCUUCUGAAAUUCCCAACAGCCUGACUCCAGAGGAUAGUGAUAGCAGCUCAGAGACAACUGACCUGCCUGUGCAAGGGGAUUCCCAGAAUCAAGUAGACCCUCUUAGAGAGUCUGUGGAAAGAAGUCAAAAUAAUAAUGCAGACACUGAGAAACAGGUAGCUCUGGGUCAGGAAAGCAGAACUCAGGGGGCAGUGGUGCUGGCAGUCGGAGGAGAGGAUAAGAAGCUCACCGAAGAACCAGAAUGGGCUGCCAGAGAAGAGCACAAGAGUCUGGGUUCAGGGACCAAAGGCCCGGGUCCAGCUGUGCACCCUGAUGGACAUCCAGAGGCACAGGAGUCCACAGCAAGAGGUAAAAACAGAAAGUCCUUGGAGACAGAGAUCCCAGGUACUCUGGAGGCAGACUUCACUGACCAGUUUUCCAUAAGGCAGCUUCCAGCAAAGGAAGACACCAGAAGAAAGCUAAAGGUCCAGUGCCUAAGUACCAAAGGAGAGGAAGGUAGAGCACCAGAGACCCAGGAGGCUCCAGUAAAAAAUCUGGAUGAGGACAAUUCAGCAUCUCCCAAAACACACCUUGAAAGAGAGGAAACUGCAACGUUGGAAGAGGAUGAAAGCCCCCAAGAGUUGUCAGAAGCCAAUGACCAACAAAAUCCAGCCAAGAAAAGAUAUGAUGUUUCAGUCCCCCAGUCCAGCCUUGAAGAGAAGAUACAGACAGACCAAGAGCCUGGUUUUGUGGAGAGGGGUACAGUCCAUUCCAGUCCUCUGUACCAGUACCUGCAAGAGAAGAUACUGCAACAAAUGGACGUGACCCAAAUGGAGCAGCAAAAUCAAGCUCAGACAGCUAGAUCAUCAAGCCCAGAGCUCCUCAACAACCAGUCAACUGCAUCCCUCACCCAUGAGAUCUCAGAGUGUCCUAUCAUCUUUAGUGACAGCCAAGCAUUACAACAUUACACCAAGGGGCAUCUGCCUGAUGCAGAUCUUGCUGACACAGAGCAAACAUCAGCUCCCCAAGCCUCAGAAGAUAAGCAGGGCUACCCUCAGGAAAAGAAACCAGUACUACAAAAGGAGACAGGCCCCAAAGAGCAAUGAAUCAUUAUCAUGAUCCCAGGAGAAGUUCCAAGAAACUUCACACAUCUCAACAUGUCCCAGACUCCUCCCAAUCACCCUCAAUGCCCACAAGCACACAUUCAGAUGCAAAUUGAUAAUCCUUUAUUUUUUUUAAAUUA